UGCUGAAGUGAAAAGCCGAAGUUAAAUUUGAGUGUGAGAGCUGCAAGACACCAACUUCUCACUGGACAGAGGUUAUCAUAGUUGUCAAUGCAGUGAUGCAAUAUCAACCUUGUCCAGUCAUCAGUGCUGUUCAUUCAUCAGUGAUUCUUGUUUUUGGUUUUCUUUGUAGUUGGCAGGAUUUAGUCGCAGGUGGAAUUGUAGAGUAUAUUGAUGUCAAUGAAGAGGAGACGGUUAUGGUGGCCAUGACUCCAGAUGAACUGGUAGAGAAAGGUCAAGCUUACUGUUCAACGUACACACACUGUGAAAUUCAUCCUGCCAUGAUCCUUGGAGUCUGUGCGUCUAUCAUUCCAUUCCCUGAUCACAAUCAGUCUCCUCGUAACACAUACCAAUCUGCUAUGGGAAAACAAGCCAUGGGUGUGUACAUUACCAACUAUCACGUCCGUAUGGACACACUGGCCCAUGUGUUGUACUACCCUCAGAAGCCUCUGGUCACUACACGUUCCAUGGAGUACCUCAGAUUCAGAGAACUGCCUGCUGGAAUCAAUGCAAUAGCAGCUAUUGCAUCUUACACUGGGUACAACCAGGAAGAUUCAGUCAUCAUGAAUGCUUCAGCUAUUGACAGAGGACUUUACAGGUCUGUGUUUUAUCGAUCAUACCGUGAUCAAGAAUCCAAGAAAGGAAUGGACCAGGAAGAGACAUUUGAAAAACCAACAAGGGACUCAUGUCAGGGCAUGCGUAAUGCAGUGUACGAUAAGCUGGAUGAUGAUGGGCUCAUAGCACCAGGAACUCGUGUGAGCGGCGAUGAUGUCAUUGUAGGCAAGACCAUUACCCUUCCAGAAAAUGAGGACGAGUUGGAAGGAACAACUCGAAGGUUCAGCAAGAAAGACUCAAGCACAUUUUUGCGACCCAGUGAGACAGGGAUUGUAGAUCAGGUUAUGGUAACUAUCAAUCAGGAAGGCUACAAGUUCACAAAAAUUAAGGUUCGAUCUGUUCGUGUUCCCCAAAUUGGCGACAAGUUUGCUAGUCGGCACGGUCAGAAGGGAACUUGUGGAAUAACGUAUCGUCAAGAGGACAUGCCAUUCACGUGUGAAGGGAUCACUCCUGAUGUGAUUAUCAACCCUCACGCUAUUCCUAGCCGUAUGACAAUCGGUCAUUUGAUCGAGUGCCUCCAAGGAAAGGUUUCAGCUAACAAAGGAGAGAUUGGUGAUGCCACGCCCUUCAAUGAUGCGGUGAACGUUCAGAAAGUUUCCCAGCUGCUCAACGACUAUGGCUAUCAUCUGAGAGGUAACGAGGUGUUGUACAAUGGCUUCACGGGUCGGAAGCUGAAUGCGCAAGUUUUCCUUGGUCCGACAUAUUACCAGCGUCUUAAGCACAUGGUGGACGACAAGAUCCACUCUCGAGCCAGAGGUCCAGUCCAAAUUCUAACUAGACAACCUAUGGAAGGACGGUCACGGUAAGUCAAUGUUUAACCGCGAUGGAUUUCCCAGCGUAAAUUCAACGAAGUAUGAUGGUUUUUACCCGGUAGGAUCACGCUUGCAUAUUAGCCGAAUAUUUAGCAGGUCCUAGUUCUGUUGUAAGAGAAACAGAAUCAUAGUUUUUAAACUUAUCCAAUAGCUGCCAAUAGCUGCCAAUAGCCCAAUUUCGAUAUAUUAAAAUUCAGCCUAAAACAA